UAGAAUCGCGCGUUCAAAUAUUUGCUCCCGUGGCGUGUGCACGUUCAGUCAGCGACUGACUCGUUCAAUAGUAUUUCCAUCUGUCAGUUACUUCCUGACAACUGUAGCUAAAAUAUGUCAAAGUUAGAGCAGAUCCUUGUUCUCGAUCCUCCGUCUGACCUCAGAUUUAAAGGUCCUUUUACAGAUGUCAUCACCACCAACCUGAAGCUGAAGAACCCGUCUGAUAGAAGAGUAUGUUUCAAAGUGAAGACCACAGCUCCUAGGAGAUACUGUGUACGGCCCAACAGCGGCAUCAUAGAUGCAGGCGCCACCGUCACCAUCUCUGUAAUGCUCCAGCCCUUUGACUACGACCCCAACGAGAAGAGUAAACACAAAUUCAUGGUCCAGAGUAUCUUUGCUCCUCCUAAUGAGUCUGAACUCGAUGCUAUGUGGAAAGAUGCGAAACCCGACGACCUCAUGGAUUCCAAGCUGAGAUGUGUAUUCGACCUGCCUCCUGAAAACGGUAGAGUGAAUGACAUGGAAGGGAGCACCGUGCAGAACUCGUCCAAGUCGGCGGAUGUUCCCGUGGCGAAGGUGGCGGCGAAGACGGUCAGCGCCUCGAUGGACGACUCGGAGAUGAAGAAACUAUCGGAGGAGUGCAGGAGACUGCAGGCUGACAUGGGCAAACUGACCGAGGAGAACAGACAACUCAAGGACGACGGUGUUAGAAUGAGAAGGGCUGCCCAGCAUUCCGAUCACAUGACAUCAAAUCAGACAGGCUCCUCCUCCUCCAUGAUGCAACACACCACCGCAGCGUCCCUGCCCUCCCUCCUCGUCGUCAUAGCAGCCAUCUUCAUCGGCUUCUUCGUGGGGAAGUUUAUCUUGUAGACUGGGGUUCGGCUCUGAAAUGGCACCCCGUUCCCUUGACCAGGGCCCUCCGUGCGGGAUGAGUCCCAUAGGGCUCUGGUCAAACGGUAGUGCACUACAUGGGGAAUAGGGCGCCAUUUGGGAUGUUGCGUUCCGAGAGACGCACAACGCCUGCCGUAUCCCACUGCUCCGGAAUCAAAAGGCCUGGAUGGAACUGACUAUAACGAAGAUGUAUUUCUGUUGACUUAGACAUAUCAGAAGUAGUGCUGUGAACCUCCAUUUGUCUGCAGUGACCACGUCUGUCUGGUCUCACACACACGCACACACACACACACACACACACACACACACACACACACACACACAGAGGGAAGGGAGAAAGAAAGAUUGCUCCUUGUUUUUGUUCUUUGAUGGAUGGACAGACAGGAUUGUGGAGGGGUAUGAUGGUUAUAUCCUAAAUGACACCCUAUUCCCUAUAUAGUGCACUACUUUAGACCAGAGCCCUAUUCCCUAUAUAGUGCACUACUUUAGACCAAAGCCCUGUAAUGCCCUAGGUACCCUGGUAAAAAGUUGGCGCACUAAAAAUGGAAUAGGCUGCUAUUUAGGACAUACAGGAAGAAGUACACUACCAAUCAACAUGAAGGACAGUUUACCUUGCAUCCCAAACGGCACACUAUCCCCUAUGUAGUGCACUACUUUUGAUAAGAGACGAUACUAAUUGAGCCCAGGUCUACAGUAGUCUGGUCCUAACCUUCAGUCCCAGGCCAGGAUAUAGUAGCCUGGUCCUAACCUCCGGUCCUCAGUCCCAGAUAUAGUAGCCUGGUCCUAACCUCCAGUCCUCAGUCCCAGGAUAUAGUAGCCUGGUCCUAACCUCCGGUCCUCAGUCCCAGGCCAGGACAUAGUAGCCUGGUCCUAACCUCUAGUCCUCAGGCCAGGAUAUAGUAGCCUGGUCCUAACCUCCAGUCCUCAGUCCCAGGAUAUAGUAGCCUGGUCCUAACCUCCAGUCCUCAGUCCCAGGCCAGGAUAUAGUAGCCUGGUCCUAACCUCCAGUCCUCAGUCCCAGGAUAUAGUAGCCUGGUCCUAACCUCCAGUCCUCAGUCCCAGGCCAGGAUAUAGUAGCCUGGUCCCAGAUCUGUUUGCACUGUCUGGUUCUGGUCAAAAGUAGUGCCCUUGGGAGUAGGGUAUCAUUUGACUCCUAGAGUCGCCGUGGGCCUAAAGCAGUGGAAUAAACCAAGUGUUCUCUGUCUGUUGUGUUUAAUAGUAGUUAAAUGGAACACUAAGUGUCUUUUGUAAAUGUUAUUUUAAUCAUUUUUAAGAUAAAAAGGAGAGCACUACUUCUUCAAUGGUCAAAUACCGACCACCUUUACUACCUGUUGCAUGGCAUCCCGUUUCGUUUUAUAGUGUGCUACUCGUGACCAGAGCACUAUGGACCCUAGUCAAAAGUAGUGCACUACACAGGGACGCAGCCAUAGACUACUUCAUUUGUUCUGUUUGUAAUUUCUCUACUUUCUAUUCCAUCUGGGAAAUAAUAGGUGCCUCCUUCCUUUCCUUCCUGUCCUUUUUCCACCUGUCCUUUUCUACCUGUCCUUUCCUACCUGUCCUUUCCUUCCUCCCUUUUCUACCUGUCCUUUCCUACCUGUCUUUUCCUUCCUCCCUUUCCUACCUGUCUUUUCCUUCCUCCCUUUCCUCCCUGUCCUUUGCUACAUGUCCUUUCCUUCCUCCCUUUCCUACCUGUCCUUUCCUUCCUCCCUUUCCUCCCUGUCCUUUCCUCCCUGUCCUUUCCUCCCUGUCCUUUCCUCCCUGUCCUUUCCUCCCUGUCCUUUCCUCCCUGUCCUUUCCUCCCUGUCCUUUCCUCCCUGUCCUUUCCUCCCUGUCCUUUCCUACUCCUGACAAUACCAAUGUAGACUUUAUAUUAUUAUAUUCUUUUUCUCAGUACAAAUAUUAUAAUCCUUCUUUCCUUUUCAAUUAUAAUAUUUGUCAUUUGACUCAACAACAAGAAGAAACAAAAAAAAAGGAAAGAAUUAUUAUAUAAUCCUUCUUUCCUUUUUUUUUUUUUUUUUUUUGUUGUUGAGUCAAAUGACUUUUGAGUUUCAACCCUCCCAUGGUUUUACACCGAAGAAGAAAUAAACCCGAAAACAAUGUGGGUUUUUUGAUAGUGUUUCGUCUUCUGUCGUAGUCUCGUAGAAUAUACCGUACACUCCUCAUACAACACAUCACCAUGUCGCCAACAUGUUUGUUUUGUAACGUGGAAUUGACAUUGUAGCGACCUUAACACCAACACCUAGCGACUUUUAUCAAGAGGUUCGGACCUCUUGACGUAACGUUUAAGGUCCGGGCUUGAUAGUCGCUGGACCAGGGUUCAAGUCCCGGUCGAGACUAUGCCCUGAAUUAGCUACGUUGGUGUCAGUAGUGGGACGGUGCCCGUGAGGCCAUCGGGAGAAGAGUGUACACAUGAGGGUCACACUCAGAUAUAAUGUCGAUGCUCAGAUAUAAUGUCUAGAUGCGUAUGUCUCCGCCCCCCCUAACAAUGGGAAUAGUUGUCUGCGGAACGGCACCCUGUCAACCUCUGGUCUAUUCCUCUCUUUGGAUUGGUGGAUAUAUCUCGUUAUUUGAUGAGGGGUGUUGACCUCAUCAGCAUGUAUUCAAUGGAGAGUUAGACGCUAUGCUGGCCUCGUGAAUAUGCAUAGACGCUACGCUGGCCUCGUGAAUAUGCAUAGACGCUAUGCUGGCCUCGUGAAUAUGCAUGGACGCUACGCUGGCCUCGUGAAUAUGCAUAGACGCUAUGCUGGCCUCGUGAAUAUGCAUGGACGCUAUUCUGGCCUCGUGAAUAUGCAUAGACGCUAUGCUGGCCUCGUGAAUAUGCAUAGACGCUAUGCUGGCCUCGUGAAUAUGCAUAGACGCUAUGCUGGCCUCGUGAAUAUGCAUGGACGCUAUUCUGGCCUCGUGAAUAUGCAUAGACGCUAUGCUGGCCUCGUGAAUAUGCAUGGACGCUAUGCUGGCCUCGUGAAUAUGCAUGGACGCUAUGCUGGCCUCGUGAAUAUGCAUGGACGCUAUGCUGGCCUCGUGAAUAUGCAUAGACGCUAUGCUGGCCUCGUGAAUAUGCAUGGACGCUAUGCUGGCCUCGUGAAUAUGCAUGGACGCUAUGCUGGCCUCGUGAAUAUGCAUGGUCGCUAUGCUGGCCUCGUGAAUAUGCAUAGACGCUAUGCUGGCCUCGUGAAUAUGCAUGGACGCUAUGCUGGCCUCGUGAAUAUGCAUGGACGCUAUGCUGGCCUCGUGAAUAUGCAUGGAUGCUAUGCUGGCCUCGUGAAUAUGCAUGGACGCUAUGCUGGCCUCGUGAAUAUGCAUGGACGCUAUGCUGGCCUCGUGAAUAUGCAUGGACGCUAUGCUGGCCUCGUGAAUAUGCAUGGGCGCUAUGCUGGCCUCGUGAAUAUGCAUGGGCGCUAUGCUGGCCUCGUGAAUAUGCAUGGGCGCUAUGCUGGCCUCGUGAAUAUGCAUGGGCGCUAUGCUGGCCUCGUGAAUAUGCAUGGGCGCUAUGCUGGCCUCGUGAAUAUGCAUAGAAAGUCUCGAAUUUCAAUGCCAACAACUCCAAUAUGAAUAAAAAAUAUAAUUCUACUCAAAGUU